GCGCGUGUCUGCCGGGCUGGGAGGUGUUCGAGAACUCCUGCUACUACUUCAACACGGAGGUGGAGGACCUGGUGGUGUGGCAGGACGCCAAGAGUACCUGCGAAGCCGUCGGUGCCGCCCUGGUCGUCCUCGACACUGAGCAGGAGGACGCCUUCUUUUACAGCCACAUCCCGGAGUCAGACCAGCUCUGGAUUGGCCUUUACAGUAAACCGGAUGACAACAUUUACUGGACGGACGGGACUACUAUGGACAGUAAGAACUUCACCAAGAUGACGGCUCAAGACAGAACUGACGCUCUCAAUGCGUAG